AUGAGCCAGUGUGAGCGAGUGUGCAUGAGCCAGUGUGAGCGAGUGUGCAUGAGCCAGUGUGAGCGAGUGUGCAUGAGCCAGUGUGAGCGAGUGUGCAUGAGCCAGUGUGAGCGAGUGUGCAUGAGCCAGUGUGAGCGAGUGUGCAUGAGCCAGUGUGAGCGAGUGUGCAUGAGCCAGUGUGAGCGAGUGUGCAUGAGCCAGUGUGAGCGAGUGUGCAUGAGCCAGUGUAAGCGAGUGUGCAUGAGCCAGUGUGAGCGAGUGUGCAUGAGCCAGUUACUAGAGAAGAGGGAGAAGGAGUGA